AGUGACAAGGGUGACACACAGACCGUGUAUACGUACACAUCGUAUUCUUUCCAUUCACUUGACGUUCUCAGCAGGCUGUGCGAACGACUGAUUGUAUGCGCCCUCGCAACCUUACCCACCUUCCCUGGGACCCUUUUGUCCCGCGCACCCCCACCACUGCACCCAGCAUAUACACCCACCUACCAUGGUCAGCGACCAACAGCUCCUGCUGGCUCACGAGCCUUACUGUUCUGCCACUUCUCUUCUGUCGUUACCUUAUGAACUUACUUCAUCCAUCCUUUCGCUGCUUGACCAGCGUUCAGUGUGCGCAAUGCAUCUCACGUGCCGACAAUUGAAGUAUAGCACACAGCUCUACGUCCGCUCAAUUAUUUUGGUGCCGAGUCGAUUGAGACAUCCCUUUACUGGUGUCGAUAUGCUCUCUUUCGAUGGAAUCCCUCGGGAGGUAGCCGAGCAGUUUAGGGAUGUCGAGUUCGACGUGAUGAAGUGGACUCCCCCGAAGUUAACUGUGCACGCCUCUGCCCCCCUCGAACGCGCCUGGAAAUCCUUCCUAACAAAUUCUCUCCUCAACGAAUGGCGCCGAUCCCAUAUCCCCCUCCCCAUCCUCCACAAUGCCGCCGCCGUCCGCUUCGUCCUCAACUGGGAAUACCGCUCCAUCAUGGAAGAAGACCUCCUCUAUGUGGCAUACUUGUUCGGUGUGGGAUUGGGAAGGGAUUGGGUCAGGUGGAGAGAGAUGAGGUGUGUGAUGAGGUGGGAGUUGAGGAUGCAUGCGGGAUUUUGUGCGCAUAGGGUUGAGUUGGAGAUGAUUUGUUUUCCGUGUUUGGAGCAUGAUAUCUUGCAUAAUGGGUCGGGACAUGGCGCUGUAUGAAUUGGUGGGUUACAUAUGGGGUUCAUCCCAUGGCCGGCAUUAAACGGAUUUCUUGGAGAUUACGAGGCGCUGGACGUUCCCGUUGACAUUGGCAUGAGUAACGUAUAGACGGCUAGUACUGCUAGACA